CGGCGCGCCGGCUGAGGAAUUCCAUCGUCGCCAUCUUUGCUUUGGGCACGCUCGCCUUGUACUCCAAGCCACCUCCAACCCCCAGGAAAGCCAGCGACGCCAUCUUUGUUGCGGGGAUCUGGAGAGCUGAGGAGACGCCGGCGUUCGGGAACCCGCUGGAAAAAAAAUAAGGAGGGGAAAAGAGAAGAAAACGGAGGCGUCUCCUCGUCUUUUUCUCUCCUCCAGCGCUCUGGAGUUCCCGGACUAGCCUUAGGAUAUAGGAGGAGGAGGAGGAGGACGAAGAAGGGAAAGAGCGAUGGCUUUGAGAUGGAGAGAUCGUUAAGGAUGUGAGGAAAAUCUUGAGGUUUUCGGAUGAAAUUCCACUCCUUGCCCUCAGGACCUUGAAGGGCGUAUUCAGGGGACGAGAUUACCUACUGCCGCCGAUAAUAUUGUUUAUAAAUACUUGAACGUGACUGCUGUUAAAAUGCCACAGCAAAACAAUGAUUGCUCACAUUUGGAAUCUGUUGGUGAGAUAACCAAAGAAGAUUUGAUACACAAAUCUCAUGGGAGUUGUCAAGACUGCAAAGUAAAAGGACCAAAUCUGUGGGCAUGCUUAGAGAAUAGAUGCUCCUAUGUUGGUUGUGGGGAGUCCCAUAUAGAUCAUAGCACCAUACAUUCAGAGGAAACAAAGCACUGUUUAACAGUUAAUCUUACAACACUUCGUGUCUGGUGUUAUGCAUGCAGCAAAGAAGUAUUUCUGGAUAGAAAGCUAAGAACUCAUUCUUCCUUACAAAAUGUACGGUUAUCUUCCCCUGGUCCAGAACAUAUCAUACAGGAUAUUAAGUUACCCAGCAUCCCUACACUGAAAAUUCCUUUAAUUGCAACAUUUGAUGACCUAGAUGUACAAAUUGAUGAAGAAGAUGAAUUAAAGGCUAGAGGUUUGACAGGCUUGAGAAAUAUUGGAAACACCUGUUACAUGAAUGCAGCUUUACAAGCACUUUCAAACUGCCCCCCAUUGACACAGUUUUUCCUUGACUGUGGGAGUUUAGCUCGGACCGAUAAAAAACCAGCCAUUUGCAGAAGUUAUUACAAACUUAUAACGGAACUCUGGCAUAAAAGCAGGCCUGGAGCUGUGGUCCCCACAAAUUUGUUUCAAGGAAUUAAAGCAGUUAAUCCAACAUUUCGAGGCUAUUCACAACAAGAUGCCCAGGAAUUUCUACGUUGUUUAAUGGAUUUGCUUCAUGAAGAGUUAAAAGAAACUGUUAUUACAGUAGAGGAUAGUAACACAACAAAUGUUGAAGAGAGAAUGGAAGAAGAAAAAUGCCAAUCGGAUGCAGAUUUUCAGUCAUGUGUUAACAAUGAUAAGUUAGAAACUGAUCCUUGGUCAAAACCUGUGGCCGAUGACCCUGCAGAAAAUGCAAUGUUAAUUGAGGAGGAUGAAAAUACAUCUAAAGAUUAUAGAAAAGAGAGAUCCUUGUGUACCAAAAUGAAUAGAACAAAUUCUAUGGACGACACAGAAAAAGAUAUAAACAGUUUCCGUGAAACAGUUGAACUUUUGAAUAAUCAGGAAACAGUGAAAGUACAAAUACACAGCAGAUAUUCAGUUCCAACUGCGCCUUCCUCUAAAAAGAAGAAAAGCAAAAAAUACCGAAGUGUUAUAUCAGACAUAUUUGAUGGUUCUAUUUUAAGUUCCGUACAAUGUCUCACAUGUGAUCGGGUUUCAGUUACACUGGAAACUUUCCAGGAUUUGUCUUUGCCUAUUCCAGGUAAGGAAGAUCUUGCUAAGCUGCAUUCUGCAAAUCAUCAGACCUCUCUUGUCAAGGCAGGAUCUUGUGGUGAAGCAUAUGCUCCUCAAGGCUGGAUCGCAUUUUUUGUGGAAUAUUUCAAAAGGUUUGUUGUCUCAUGUGUCCCUAGCUGGUUUUGGGGUCCAACAGUAACCUUACAAGAUUGUCUUGCUGCCUUUUUUGCUAGAGAUGAAUUGAAAGGUGACAAUAUGUACAGUUGUGAAAAAUGUAAAAAGUUAAGAAAUGGAGUAAAAUUCUGCAAAGUUCAACACUUCCCUGAGAUUUUAUGUAUUCAUCUCAAAAGAUUCAGACACGAUCUUAUGUUUUCCACAAAAAUUGGAACUCAUGUAUCCUUUCCUUUGGAAGGACUUGAUCUUCAACCUUUUCUUGCUAAAGACAGUCCUGCUCAAAUAGCAGUUUAUGACCUCUUGUCUGUCAUCUGCCACCAUGGAACUGCUAUUAAUGGGCAUUAUACAGCUUAUUGUCGAAAUAAUUUAAAUAAUCGAUGGUAUGAAUUUGAUGAUCAAAGUGUCACAGAAGUAACAGAAUCAACUAUCCAAAAUGCAGAAGCUUAUGUUCUCUUCUACAGAAAAAGUAACGAAGAAGCUAAAAAAAAGAGAGAGAGAGUGUCAAGCCUUAAUGUUAUGGAACCAAGCCUCCUUCAAUUUUAUAUUUCACGCUUAUGGCUGAAUAAAUUCAGAACUUUUGCUGAACCAGGACCUAUUUCAAAUAACGAUUUUCUCUGCAUCCAUGGAGGAGUUCCUCCACACAAAGCUUCUUUUAUAGAAGAUCUCGUUGUAAUGCUUCCUCAGAACAUAUGGGAUAAUUUGUACAGCAGAUAUGGUGGAGGACCAGCAGUUAAUCAUCUGUAUGUAUGUUAUACUUGUCAAAUGGAAACAGAGAAAAUAGAAAAAAGACGGAAGGCAGAACUGGAAAUGUUUAUUCGGUUGAACAGAGCAUUCCAAGAGGAGGAGUCUCCAUCUAUAUUCUACUGCAUCAGUAUGCAAUGGUUCAGAGAAUGGGAAGCAUUUGUGAAGGGCAAGGAUAACGAUCCUCCAGGUCCCAUUGACAAUACCAAAAUUGGUGUCAGUAAAUGUGGUUCGCUUGUUCUAAAACAAGGAGCUGAUUCUGGACAGAUUUCAGAAGAAACAUGGAAUUUUCUACAGUCAAUCUAUGGAGGCGGCCCAGAAAUCAUACUGCAACCACCUGCUGCUCAAAGUGAAUCUGAAUCAUUACAGACUGAAGAUAAAGUAGAAUUAGAAACACAUAGACUGUAGCCAUCAAAUCAAGGAAUGAAUUCUUACAACAUACCUUCCACUUGCAACAUACAUUCCCAAGAUUUUUCAAGUUGCUAUUUUUAUCUUUAUUUUUUUCUGUGAAAUGACAGAA